AUGAGGCGGGGCUCUGCAUGUCUGCUCCUCUUCCUGGGCCUUGCUUGGCCAAAGAGAAACAGCCAAAGUCUGGUGGCGUGGCAUGGCUUCCCAGAAAGGCAUUGGAAAGCGCAUGGGAGGGUUCCCGCGCUUCGCAGCUUCUAUGGAGACUCUGUCCCAGUACCUCCACCAGGACAUCCAGAUUAUCCAGUGGGGGCUGAGGUCCAGCCUUUUGCCAACCAGAACGGCGGAGUUGACGACACCAUCGCGCCGCCGCGCUUGUACAUGUCCCACAGCUGCACUUGGGAAGUUUUUGCGCAGCCAAGCUUGGGCCUGGGGUUGAAAGAGACAGGUAUGGUCCAGCGGCAAGCGUCAGGCCCUGAGAAGCAGCAGUUGGUCGACCAGGUCUUGGCAGUGCUGCGGAAGAAUGGCUUCGCAGUGCUCGAGGGUAUGGUCCCUGCGGACGAGCAGCUUGCGAUGGAGGCUGCAGCAAUCCGCCACUUCGAAGGGCUGCCCAAGGGCUACUUCACCUCGCCCCUUCGGGCCGACCGCUCGCAGGUCCACGUCCCCUACGAGGAGCCUUGGAGUGCGGAGUGGCUGGUACCUAACGACCUGGUGCUUCGGGUCACGGCGAGGUACGUGAUCAACAACAUGGCAUGCGGCCGUUCGGAGGAGGAGCAGCAAGCAGCCUGGUGCCAAUGGGUGACGCAGGGUUCAGACAUGGACUGGUUUUAUGCGGUGCCGCCGCAGCAGGGACCCCUAGCCACAGAGCCCCCACACGGAUGUACCUGCGUGGGAAAGGCUGAAGAAUUGGGGCCAUGGCUUGGCCGAGUGAUGAUCACAAAGACUCCCAAACAGUCACCUCUCAUGACAAGGCACCGGGAUAUCAUUUUGCCCGGGCCCUUUGCACAGCUGACCAUUGGCGUCCCACUUACGCCGCUUGUGGCCAACAACGGCCCCUUAGCGCUGCGCCCUGGGUCACAUGUCAUGGACAGUCCUGGCUAUGAGGUUGUGACCAACAUCCCUCACGGCUCCAUCAUGCUCUACGACUCCUUUGUAGAUCACAGGGCUGUGGAGCACCAUGGUAUGGAGGACCGUUAUGUCCUGUACUACGAAUUUGAGACACGAGGGAUCUUCACUGGCUACGUGGAUGGCCACUUCGGAGCUGAGGCAUCGAAGUCCGAGCACGACUUCCGCGAGGUGGUCGAUCCGGUUCUUCGCAGAUAUGUGGCCGAACUGCAGGAGCAGCGAGUUACGGCAUAG